AUUGUUUAGUGAAUUAUAUACGCUGAAGAUGAGAGCGGAGGUCCGUAAGUCAGGUGACGUCAUAUUGGUCACAGUAGUAGUACCUCGACACAAAAGAUAUACUACAGGUAGACCGUACUUGACCUAAUUGUGUGACACAAUACAAAAGUUACCCUAGCUGGCACGGAUUGACAUAUUUGCUCAGGUAAACAAUGACGUCUAAGGCUGGGGAUAAAGAUGAAGAUUACGUGAAGUUUAGAGUGCUGUUGGACAAAUAUUCAAAGCUGGAACAGCUGAAGUCUUUCAGUGGAACAGAUAAAUUGGAAUUGACCUCAGUUGGAGAUGGAAAUCUGAAUGACAUAGUUAGAGCUAAAAUAUCUAGCCAAAGCAUCAUACUCAAACAAGCACCUCCCUAUAUCAAGUGUUUAGGCCCGGAUUACCCGCUGGGAGCAUCUCGAGGAGAGACAGAAUAUGAAGCUCUGUGCGUGUUCUCACAGCUCACACCAAACAGUGUUCCGCACCCCAUCUUCUAUGACGAGGAAUCUAGAACAAUGUGUAUGGAGGACCUGACUACGUACAAAGAUUUCCGUAAGCAGCUUAUACGAGCUGAAUGCUGCACAGAGGCAAUAGAAAAGAUAGCAGGGGACAUCGGUCAACUUCACAAUCAGACACAUGUGGCCAAAAUUGGAGAGGAGAAGUUUACUGAGUAUAAGAAAAGAUUCCCAAAUACUGAACUAGUGUCCCUAACAGAGCAAUACAUAUUCACAAAGCCUUUCGACAAAUCUGACGAGACUAACAGACUGUCGGAAGACAUCAGUGCUAGUCUCCCGCAGCUUUACGACAACCCCGAUGUGUUGCAGGCGGCACAUGAUAUGAAACACAUUUUCUUGAAUAAGAAAGAAUGUCUUCUACACGGGGAUUUACACACGGGUUCAAUCAUGGUGGAUGGUGGUGACACAAAGAUCAUUGACUUGGAAUUUGCUUACAUGGGACCUCCGGCUUUUGACAUUGGGAUUCUUCUCGCUAAUUACAUUUUCUCUUACUAUGGCCACAUGUCCAUACCAGAGGACAACGAGAGGCAUAGACAGUUUGCACAGUCUAUGAUAGAAGCUUGCAAACUCACAGUCACUAAGUACCUGGACGAGAUGACCAGCUGUACUGGGGAGUUGCAGGUUUAUCAAGAUAACCUACUGUGUGAAAUGGCCGGAUUUGCGGGUUGUGAAUUGAUCAGACGGGUUGUGGGGGCAGCACCAGUAGCAGACCUCCACAGUGCCUACAGUAAACAGGACGCCCUGGGGGCCGGGACACGCCUACUUCUGGGACGCAAAAAUAUCAAAACCGUGGAUAAACUCUUAAUUAUUGCUUUGAUGCUGGUCUGAUUUUCAAUCAUUUUAAACUAAUAAAAUAUCAAUUACAGUGUA